UAGGUGGCGGGGUCCUGGAGCGGUCCAGAUGAUGUCAUUCUUUGUGGCAGCAACAGCAAGAUGGCUCCUGUAGUAGAGAAGAAGAUUUUGGGCGCAGCCGGAGCGGGAGAGGCCUUGGAUAUUACAAGUGUAGAAGAAGAAGGACAGAAUUUGUGGUCUUCCAUUCUGUCUGAAGUGUCCACCCGGUCUAGGUCCAAAUUACCGUCCGGCAGGAACAUCCUUGUGUUUGGGGAAGAUGGUUCAGGCAAGACAACGCUUAUGGCUAAACUGCAAGGAGCAGACCACAACAAAAAAGGAAGAGGGUUAGAAUAUCUAUAUUUGAAUGUCCACGAUGAAGACAGAGAUGAUCAGACUCGCUGUAAUGUGUGGAUACUUGAUGGGGACCUGUACCAUAAGGGCCUCCUGAAGUUUGCAGUUUCAGCCGAUUCUCUCAAGGAAACCAUAGCUAUCUUUGUAGCAGAUAUGUCUAGACCUUGGACAAUCAUGGAGUCUCUUCAGAAAUGGGCUAGUGUGUUGCGUGAACAUGUCGACAAACUAAAAGUACAGCCAGAGGAGAUGAGGGAGAUGGAACAGAAAUUGAUUAAAGACUUUCAAGAGUAUAUAGAACCAGACGAAGGUACUCCAGGAUCUCCACAAAGACGAGGACCUCCAGUGUCUGGACAAGAUGAUGAAAAUGUCAUCUUACCGCUUGGAGAAAAUGUUCUUACACAUAAUUUGGGUGUUCCUGUACUUGUAGUUUGCACAAAGUGUGAUGGAAUGAGCAUACUAGAGAAGGAACAUGAUUACAGGGAAGAGCACUUUGACUUCAUUCAGUCUCACAUUCGCAGAUUCUGCUUGCAGUAUGGUGCAGCCUUAAUUUAUACGUCUGUUAAAGAAGAAAAAAACCUCGACCUGUUGUAUAGAUACGUAGUGCACAAAACAUACGGGUUUCAGUUUACCACACCUGCCUUAGUGGUGGAAAAAGAUGCUGUUUUUAUUCCAGAAAGACUGGCCAACUCCUGGUUUUCUUUCUUAGGCAGAAACCAUUGGAGAGAGAUCCUUCACACCCUGGCCUUUUUACUGCCAGCAUGUUUGAAUCUAAAGCAAUUGGUCCAUGACAAAGAAGUUGCAGCAGAAGAUGAACAAGUGUUCCUUAUGAAACAGCAGUCGCUCCUUGCAAAGCAGCCUGUAACACCAACAAGAUCAACAGUAAGUAUUUGCCCGAGCAGAGGAGGACAAGGUGGACGCCAGCCCAGAGGCAAAGGGGGGCCGAGGAAUCUCGGAAGUUCUUCACCUGGGACGUCAGUCAAGAAAAGCAACCCCCAGUUCCGAAGUACUGCAGCAAAUGAAGGCGUGUUGGCAAACUUCUUUAAUAGUCUUCUGAGUAAAAAGACUGGUUCUCCUGGUAGCCCUGGGGCUGGUGGAGUACAAAGCACAGUUAAGAAGCCAGGUCAAAAGCCUGUUUUGUCUAAUGUACAAGAAGAACUGGACAGAAUGACACGUAAACCAGAUUCCAUCACAACAAACUCCACUUCAGCAACGGAAAAUGAAGCUUGAACAUUAAUUUAGCGUUGUAUAUUUAAUUGACCAAAUUUCACCUAUGUAUACUGAUCAGAAAAGAAUUUGCCUGAUGAUGGCAAAUGCUACUUUGGGGGGUGGGGUGGGAGGAGGAGGGGGAGUGAAGACAAUAAUGUAAACUUCAUUGGCUUUUCCAGGUGUAAUAUGUGCAUACUGGAGGUUUGCAUAUAAAAUCCCUGUGUUUGAGAACACCAUUAACAAUUUCUGUAAUGCCAUUUCCCUCUUAACUUGCAACUGAACAAGUGGCACUGCUUUGACAGAAUGGAUCCUGAGAGUGAAAAGGCGAUUUGUUUUCCUAAAGAAACUGAUAGCACAGGUAUGAUUUUAAAACGCACUGUGAUGGCUCAGUCAGCCCAUUUAGAAACGUCUACCCAGUCUGGCCAGUUGUAUGUUGGUGAGAUGUUAAGGUGGUUGUAGCUCGACGCAGUUAAGAGAACAGUUCUGAGUCCAAGGAUUUCUGCAACACUAACGUGGAAAUGUGGGUGAAUUGACUGGAGAGUGACUACAGAAUGUUCAUUUAAAUGGAGAGAAGCAAUGGAAUAGAAGAAUACGUAAUACAUAAAAUGUGGCUUGUUUAACAUUUUAUGGGGUGGUUAGAGCUGAUAAUGCAUUUAAACCCUCAGAGCUGCCAUUCAUGAGUGAAUUUAGAUGGUUGUCAGGAGGAUGCAAUUCCAUUCUGCAUUUUAUAAAAAUGGUAUAUGGGCUUGUGAAGGACUUGAAGCAGAUGGAGAAAUCAUUUUUUUUUUGAUCCAAGUGCCUGAUGCACUUUUUACUAGAAGUGGUGUAGCUGGUGCUUGAAUUAAGUUUGUGCACUGUACUACAGGUGAUCCCAUUUCUGUUUCAUUUUUGUGUGCGUUUGUUUUUCCACCCCUUUCCUUCUCCAAGUUAGUGGUCUUGUGCAUCUCAUUUUUUUAAUUUUCAGUGGCUGUUAGCCAGUGAUGUGGUAUGGGUUAACAGUUACUUUUCACAGUGGCACAAAAUGGGAUAUUAACAUUUAAAAAUGUUUACCAGUUGACUGUGCUACACAUUCAGCAUCACAUAACAGUAAGAAUAUAUUGCAGUUUUCAGCACGUAGCUGCUAAACUGCACUAGAAGCCUCCCUUGAAUUUUAGACCACAUUAUCAUUGAAAUAAUCAGAUCUUUGACUUGUUUAAUUUGGACUCUUCUUGACCAUCUCAUAGUUCAAAGCAAGCUUUUUGGGGUAUAGAAUAACAAAAUGUUGCUCUUUCCAUGCUUCAGUAAUCUGGUGUAAAUGGAGGUUAUAAGUAUUUCAUCAGCUUCUUCUGAGAGUAUUGGAUCAACAUUUUUUUUAGUCAAAACACUACCAUUGUGCAGAGUUCUCUGAAUGUUGUGUAUAAUUAUCUUUUGAAGGGUAACCUGCAAGUCAUAUUAUGCCGAAUCUACUUUACUUGAAUUUGUUUAUUGUAUGAAAAACAGAUGACUGAACAAAAUGUUAAGUGCACGAUAAAAUGCUGAUCACUAAUGAUAAACUAAUUUCUUGCAGCCUUUGCAUGUUCUGUAAAAGACUUAUGCACUGUUCAGAAGUAUAGGGAAUUUUCGUGCUUUACCAUCGUAACUGGUAUAGGGCAAGUAUUUCAAGUAAUAUCUGCAAAGGUUAUUCCCAGUAGUGAAAAUAAGUCGAUGCAAAACUAGGUACUAAAAAGCAUAUUCCCUGCUCCCAAAAAGUAUAUUCAGUUGUCCAUUUGCAGUUGUGUGCUCCUUGGAGAAAGUAUGCCAGUGACUGGAAGAUGGAACUAUUUAUAGUUUGUGUAUGUAUAUAUUUUGAAAAUACAUGAACUGCACUUAAGUACAUGUGUCUUACGCAUAUGUAAUUCUUUUUAGCAUACCAUACCAUGAAAACAUAAUGGUUGUAAAAUUACCAGUUAUGGAAAUCCCUUUUUUGCUUACAUACAAAAAUGCAACUCCUUGGCGCUUCCGUGUGUCUGCUCUGGACUUGAUGGAGGGUAUAGGAAAUAUCUUGCUAUUGCUUUUCUUAUUGGCAGCACUGUGAGUAGGGUACCAUGUGGAUGACUUUAGCCCAGACUGCUGGAAGUCUUAUAAGUCAGUAAGGGUGACACAUUGUAGUACCUCCAUACGAAAAAUGUACCUUUCUUUCAACAUUUCAGAGCAAAUAUUCCAAAGGUUGCUUGUAGACUCAAAAGGCCAGUAGCAUCAUUUAGCAUAACAGUUUAUAUAGCUUCAGUAGUCAUGUUCAAGUUGAAUAUGUCCCAAGAUGUCUUACUUGGAGCUAAAUGGCUCGGUGCAUUUUGCAGUCUUGACUGCAUUUAGCUUCUGCAUGUUCUACAAAAAAUGUCACUUACUGUGCAUCUUUAGAAACCAGCUUAAAAAGCUAUGGUCCUGGUUGUAAGUAUGGGGAGUUUUGGACCAUCAUUUUUAGGUUGGUAAGGGACUUUCCAGUUUAAAGGUUUCCUAGCGCUACUGUUAAUGCUGUCUUUUCGGUGUUCCAUUAUUUCAGGUCUUUUAUUGUAGUACUGGAUAUUUUUAGUCUGGGAUUACAUGGCCCACAAGCAGGAGACUGUUUUGUCUGAAUUCCAGGCAUUAAAUGGCUUGAAGUGGCGGUGGAGACUUGCAACUGCUUUUCUUAGUAUAGCAAAUGGUAAGCUAGUAGUGCAACAGCUUGAAGGAUUUACACUGUCCACUUUAUCAGUAUUCCAUGAUGUUGCCAUUCAUCAGAGUGCUUUUGUAUAUAAGGCCAGAAAUAAAUGAUAAAGUAUUUUAAUUGUUGGCUCAAGCUCAUUUAAAGAAUAAAAGCUGGCAACUAUUUAAUGUCUUUCUUUUAAUUACAUGCCAAUAUGCAGUCACAUUAGAACUAAUUACUCAAGCAGUUUUAAUAUGACAUGACUUAUUUUGCUGUAGUUUAAUUGCAAGUAAAUACUCUUCCUUGCACAGUUAUGCACACAGUUGCGUUAUUGGUGUUUUCAAGCACUGGAACCAAAGGGCAGACUUAAAGUAGCCUUUAUCUUCUCAAGUAAGAGUCAGACAUUAGUUUUAUCUUAAGAUAUAUUUGUAUAGCAGGCUAUUAAACUAAUUUUGGAAUAUGUUUAUAUGCUUUUAGUCGUACCUGUUUUUGUUUUGGCACCAGUUAGCUUCCUGGUGACUGAUACUGUCAAACUAAAUUAUUUUUUGGCAAGAUGCCAUAAAGGAUACCAGUUUUAUGCUGCUUGAAUUGAGUUUGCACUUGAACAUUUUUUUAAUUAAAUAAUUGGCAUAUAGCAACAGUGUUUUUAUUAAACAGAAUAUUUUUAUUUAACUUACUGCUCUGUAUAUCAAAGACAACAGUAUAUUGCCUGUAAAAUUACAACCUUGUCCUGCUAAAAGGUCAAAUUGUGGUUUAAACUUGAGUUUCAGACUGCAGCCUGAAAGUAAACCUCAGUGCAGCAGUAUAAUUUUAGCCAGAGGCAGUAUGCAGUAAUAUGGAAUCUUGCUUUAUAGAGCUGGCAGAAAGAAUGUCUUUAAAUACUGGUUUCAAUAAACAUGAAUCCAGACUUCAUAACAUUGUAGUGACACAUUUGUGUGUCUGUGUUCAUUAAGGUAAAUUAUUUCAUUAAUAUGUAGCUUUUUUUCUGUAUAUACCUUAAUACGGCUUUAUAUUUUUGUUUCUGGUGAGUGGGGAAAUGAGAGAACCAGUGAAUUUCAAAGAUCUGCAAAUUAUUCAGUUCUUUCUCAUAUCUGGAUAAAUGUUUAAAUGGUUGGGUAUAGGUAGGCUGUGCCUUUCAUCUGCAAGAGGGAGAAAAGAGUCGAACCUUCCUAAUUUUUGAACAAAUUGGCUUUUCCGAAAUCAGGCUCAUUUGCAUUAUUCAACUCCCUUAUUAUGGAAACUUUGGUAUUUCACAUUUUUUCUCGUUUCCCUACAGGUGAAUGGGGUUAUAACUAGUCAUAACGACAUUUUUUGUUGUGGAUUGGAAGUUAGACUGCCAUGAAUAACAGGAUUGCUAUUUACAUGCAAUUGCUGUUUCUUUAAUGCAGUUUUUCCCUCAGUGUUGUGUAAGCUUGGAGCUACCUGCAAAAAAGAAAAAAAAAGAAAAUGCACGUAUGUAGGUUGUAGGAGAAAUGUGUUUUUAGAAAUGUGACAGAAAUUUUUCAAACUGUCAUACUUCAAUCUUUCAUAGAGGAAGCUUCAGAUGUGUACUUGAAAUGUCACUCAUUCUGCACAAAUCUACAACUUUAAGGUUGAAAACCUGUAACUCCUGAAAA